AUGAGGAUAUACAUCUGUGUAAUACUUUCUUUGGUGAUGGUUCCAGCUGAAUGCAUAAAGGAUUUAUGGCUGAUCGGUUUGUUUCCAUUUAACGGUUCGUGGCCUGGUGGACUAGGACAGGAACCCGCUGUUCAAUUAGGGAUCAAAGACGUGAACAAUGAUCCCUAUAUUCUACCGGGAUACCGACUAAGAAUGACAGUCAGUAAUACAGAGUGUGACCCUGGAAUUGGGACCAAUGCCCUUUUUGAUCAGCUUUACCGCGACCCAGUGAAGAUGAUGGUUCUGGGUGCAGGAUGUUCAGCUGUCAGUCAAGCUACGUCACAGGCUUCUCAUCUUUGGAAUCUUCUGCAGUUAUCGUACUCGAGUGCAAGCCCUGCUCUUUCCAACAAAGUCAUUUACAAACGUUUCUUUCGUGUGUUCCCGCCUGAAUCAUCAUUCAAUGCAGCUAAAUUCGAAUUUCUGAAUCACUUCAAAUGGAAAAAAGUUGGCACCUUGCACGAAACCAAAGAACCCUUUGCAUUGACCACUACCGAUUUUGUUAACAAGGCAAGCCAACAUGGUAUCCAGAUCCUCGCAUCUGAAAGUUUUGCUAAUGAUCCUCGACAACAAGUACGGAAUUUGAAGAAACACGGUGUCAGAAUAAUUGUUGGAAACUUCUAUGAGGAUAAAGCCAGAAUUAUUUUCUGUGAAGCAUACAAAGAGAAAAUGUAUGGCAGCAAAUACGUAUGGAUUAUCACAGGUUUCUACAGUAGGGAAUGGUGGAAGGGUAACGCCGAUGAUGAUCCACAUGACUGUACAACUGACCAGCUAGAAGAAGCAAUCAAUGGCUACUUCACUGGUGACGCUAUGCCGAAAAGUCCCGAGAACACACGAGGAAUCUCAGGAAAGACUUACGAGGAGUUCAUUGCUGAGUAUAACAACUUCACUGCGAAUGCCUCUUUGACUGGUCACCAAGAAGCUCCAUACGGUUACGACAGCGUUUGGACUGUGGCAUACAUGUUGAAUAGAAGUCUUGAAUUCAUGACAAAAAGUAAAUGGGGAAAACGCUUAGAAGACUUUGAAUACAGAGACAAACGCAUGGGAGAUGUAUUUUUUCGCAUGAUGGCGAACACAUUCUUCGAGGGAGUAUCGGGGCCAGUGCUAUUUGACAGUAAUGGAGACAGAAGAGGCCUCACUCAGAUCGAGCAGCUGCAAAAUGGUUUAGAAACAACAGUCGCUAUAUAUAAUCCGAGACAACAAGGAAAACAGACGAUCAGAUGGUAUAACAAAAUCAACUGGAUAGGCGAUACUCCUCCCUCUGACUCUAUGAAACAAAAGAUGGUGCCACGAGUAAUCUCAUUUGCUUUGCUGCUGUGUAUGUCUGCCUGUGCCUGUCUUGGAAUCAUUCUCACAAUUGGCUUCAUCAUAUUUAAUGUCAAAUAUAGGGACCACAGGUUCAUCAAAAUGAGUAGUCCAAAUCUCAACAACGUAAUAUUGGCGGGCGCUUUACUAGCGUUUGGAUCAAUCAUAUUCGGUGGUAUAGAUAUUGGAUUAGUUGAAGAACAUGAUGUCCUUCUCAUGUGUAAAAUCCAUAUUUGGCUUCUGGCUCUCGGAUUUUCUCUUGCAUUUGGAGCAAUGUUCAGCAAGACAUGGCGGGUCCAUAAAAUCUUUACAAACAAAAAGAUGCAUAGGACGGUAAUACGUGACUCUCAGCUAUACAUCAUAGUGGGAGUACUAAUAUUCAUUGAUACAGUUGUAUUAUGCGUAUGGGAAGUUGUGCAACCACUACAACUGGUAAAGACGAGCUAUAUUCUGGACAAAUGGUUGGAUCCAGAUGACGAUAAUCAGAUGCUGAUACCUCAGACGUUGUUCUGUGAGUCAGAACACAUGUGGUAUUUCUCAGGGGUGCUUUGUGCUGUUAAAGGCAUUUUGUUAAUGUUCGGUGCAUUUCUAGCUUACGAGACGAGGAAAGUUAGAGUCCCAGCAUUAAAUGAUUCUAAAUUUAUCGGUAUAAGCGUGUAUAACGUCGUUGUGCUAUGUAUGAUAGGCGUACCUAUAGUUCUCAUUAUGAAAGACAAGGUGGAUGUUACAUACGCUCUAAUAUCCACGUUUACGUUCUUCGCCACUGCAACCACACUCUGUCUUGUCUUCAUACCAAAGAUAUUAAACAGAAAUCAUGAAAUGCACACUGGUACAAUACUGACCAAGGCUAUACAGAAGCAUCAUAUAAAGCGCACAACAAUGCGAUCCCUCAUGAAAGGUGCCCUUGAUGACGCCGAUAGGAAGCAAAUGAUCAAAAUGAAAGAAGAACUUAGCAACCAUAAAAAACAAAUACAAGUGCAACAAAGAAGGAUCAGAGAUCUCGAAAAAGAGAAAGGACUAGAUAAUAAUUCGCUCCAUCCAAAUCAUGUAGCACAUAUAAGUAGCAAAUCAAACAGGGUAUCCGAAUGCCAACAGAGACUUCUUGACAGCCACGUCACAGUUAAUGAUGCAUGUUCCAAUGAGAAACAAUCGACGCAUAGUGCAGCGUCUGAUAUACCGGAAGUACCUCACGUAAAUACAUGUACAGGCAUUACACACUUGUCUGUCAAUACACCAGAUGAUGACAUUGAGUAUAAAUCAAAUGAAAAUUCCAUUAAUGUGAGGUGAAAACUUCCCAUUGUACCAUCACCAAUCUUUUUGUCUAUGUCUAUUUGAAGUAAGCAAUAAAUUAUAAUUCUGAUACGUAUCACUUGUUCUUAAUUGCAACGGAGCAAUCCGGUU